AACAUGGCGAUGAAAUUGCUCUGCAUUUGGAUUGUUGGUCACGUUGUCAGUGCCCUGGUUAUAGCGGCCCCCACAAGCGAGGAUGUGCUCAACCAGGACACGCCCUACAUGAAGGAAAUACUGCGUCAAGCCAAAGCUGCUGAGAUCGAGAGCUUUAUGGACCAGAAGUCGGAUCCUUGCAAGGAUUUCUACUCUUUCUCCUGUGGCAACUACAAGCGCAUCAACUCGGCUUUGACUAUGCGGGUAAUGAGUACUGGAGUAUUCGAGACUUUGACCAAUGGAUUCAACCGAAAGAUCGUAAAGAUGCUCAACACACCCAACGAUACCUACGACACUCCGGAGGACAUUCAGGUGAAGCAUUUCUACGAGUCCUGUCUCCGGAUCAAGGAGCUCAACUCGACGUACAGCGAAAAGCUUAAGGGGCUCAUUGCUGAAUUUGGAACGAUGCCGCUGCUCGAAGGAUCCUCCUGGCAGGAGGACGACUUCGACUGGCUGAAUACUACUGCUCGCAUGGCCCACCGAUACGGAAUAACGUCCAUUAUAGGCGUUGGAGUCGCCACGGACUUCGCCAAUAACCAAAAAAACAUUAUCUACAUAGGCCAGCAGGAGUUCCCACUGAAGACACGGUCCAUGUAUAUGGACAACGAAACGGCCAUCUACCGCCAAAAUUAUCAGAGUAAUGUGGAGCUCAUUUUGAAGCGAUACUUAGGUGUUGAGGUCGAAUUGGCAAGAAAAGCGGCCAAGGAAAUGAUUGACUUCGAGGUGGACUUGGCCCAUGGACUGGUGGACAACAACGAGCACCUGGACCUAAGGGACCUGGUGGAACUUCUGACUGUCGCUGAAUUGCGUGAGAGAUAUGCCCCCACCAUGGACACAGACCAAUUAAUAUUCGUGAGCAUGGGAGAGAAGAUUUCCGACAAGAUCUACGAAUUCAACAAGCGUUAUCAGCAAAAUUUGGUCGAGGUGAUCGAGCGUACGCCCAAGAGCACUGUAGCCAACUAUUUAUUCAUUCGCCUGAUCUGGGAGUUUAUAAAAAAACCAAGUGGACUGGAGGAAAAGCCGACAGAGGCCUGUGUGGACUUCACCAAGACGUACUUCGCCAAGAAUCUGGACAACAUGAUCUACCGCCGCUACAAAAACGAGAAAUCCUCCAGAGAAAUCGACAACAUGUGGCAUCAAUUGAAGUCCGCCUUUAAGGAGACCUUGUUAUCCAGUCCGGCUCUAGAUUGGAUCGAGCCAUCCACUAGAAGUCUUGCCAUCGCUAAGCUGGAGGCUAUGACCCUGCAGGUCAACAACUACGCUAAGGAGAACUUUACCAAGGACUUUGCGGACCUUAAUUUGCAAAGCACGGACUGCGUGGAGAAUUUGCGACAGGUUCAGAUGAUGCAAGCAAAACAAAUGCGCCAAUUGUUUCACCAGCCGGCUAAACCACUGGAAGCGGGCGAACUUAUGAGCUAUACGCCAAUCAACGUCCUGGUGGAGAACACUAUCAAGGUUCCUGUUUCCCUCCUACAACCCUUCUACAUUUGGUCCGAUGUCUACCCCAAUGCGAUUAUGUUCGGAACCCUAGCCUACCUAAUUGGACACGAGCUGAUCCACGGAUUCGACGACAGCGGGCGGAAGUUCGACGAGAAGGGGAACUCGAAGGAUUGGUGGGAUGAGAAGUCCAGCAGCAACUUCCUGAAACGGAGGGAAUGCUUCACCAAGCAGUACGGCAGGUAUGUCUACGAUGGCAUUCAACUGAAGGAGUCAACCGUGCAGUCGGAGAACAUUGCGGACAACGGCGGAAUGCGACUGGCCUACACCGCCUACCGGCAAUGGUACGAAAACCAGCUGACACUUCCUAAUGGGGCUCAGGAAAUGACCAAGGAGACCCUGCCCAAUAUGCGAUACACCGCCAAACAACUGUUCUUCAUCAGCUUUGCUCAGAGCUGGUGCAACGAUGUAGAUCCCAAGGUGAAGGCCUUUCAGGUAUCAACGGACAAGCACAUGCCAGGAAAGUUCCGCGUUAUUGGAACUUUAUCUAACUUCGAGGAGUUUUCAAAGGAGUUCAACUGUCACGCCGGAACAGCCAUGAAUCCCAUCGAUAAAUGCAUACUUUACUAG